UACACUGGGAGCAUAUGUUUUUUACUUUUCAAUCUCGCAGACUCUCAAGGUGCACGAGAUUUUAAUCGAGAAUGACAUUUUAGAAAAAAGAAGCGUGAAGAAAGUUGAACAAUAACUCUAAAAUGUUUAACCAAUGGGGCGGCCAAUGGGGCCAACAAGGCCCCGCGGCAGCCGGACUUAUGGGUGCACCACCUGGACAAAUGCAAGGAAUGAAUCCGAUGCAACAGCAGCAGUACUGGAACCAAUAUUAUCAACAACAACAGCAAAAUGCUCCUCCACCUCCAAGUGGACCCCCACCUGAUGGAACUGCUCCCCCUCCCACAGCAAAACCGCCAGAUGGACCUUCCCCACCCUCAGAUGGAAUCAAUCCAGCACCCCCAGUUGAACCACCAACCCCAGAGUCAACAGAUGAUAAACCGCCUCUCCCACCAGAACCACCACCGCCAGAGACUGAAGAAGAUGUGAAAAUGACAGUGCUACAGACCCAGGCAGCUCAGUGGCAGCAUCAACGAGAGUGGGCAGAAUAUCACGAGAAACUAGCGCAAUAUAAUGCACAGAUGGAAGGAGGAGGUGGUAUGGAUGCUAUAUUACAAGAGGAAAGAGAGUUUGAUAAGCAGUACACUGAGUGGAAACAACAGUAUAAUGAUUGGAAACAACAGAAUGCCAACCAUCCUAACAGAGAGCAGUUUCUGCAGUACGAGCAGCAGUGGAAAGAAUAUGAAGCUCAGAUGGAAAGUAAACGAGAAGAUAUCCUAUCAAGGAAAAAACAACAACAACAAAAACAACAAUGGCAGGGAAACCAGGGGAACCAAGGCAACCAGAGUCACCAAGGCAAUCAGGGAAACCAAAGUCAAAGAUUCGGUGGUCCCAAUCAAGGAGGUGGUCCUGGUCCUAGGUUUGGUGGACCAAGGUUUGAUGGUCCCCGUGGACCUAGAUUUGGAGGGGAUCAACAACAAGGCUUCGGAGGCAAUAAUAUGGGACGAGGGUUUGAUAAUCAACAAGGUCGGGGUUUCGGAGGACCCGGUGGUGGACCAUCAAGAUUUGGAGGCCCACAGAGAUUUGAUGGUCCAAAUCAAGGAAAUAAUGACUUUAAUAGGCAAGGGGAUAAUAACAGUGGAAAUGAUUUUAAUAGACAAGGUGACAACGAUUUUAACAGAGAUUCGGGUAAUAAUGAAUUUAACAGACAGCAAAAUGAUUUCAAUCCUAUGCUCGGUAAUAAUUUUAAUCAACAGAAUCAAGGUGGCAAUUCUGGGGGAGGAGAUGGGCCCAUGUUCCAGGGGAGAGGGAUGGAUGGCAUGGGGCGUGGAAAUAGAUUUGAUGGUCCUGGAGGGAGAGGACAACGCUUUGGUGGCCCUGGCAACAAUCAGGGUCCGAGAGGUAUGGGAAUGAAUCAACAGAAUCAGCAGGAUGGGACCCAAUUUGGUGGAAAACCACACUCUCUAAUGGACAUGAAUCUGAAUCAGUCGGAUGAUGCCAAACCUGGAGAUUCAUUUGAUGGAUCCAGGAGUGGUAUGCAAGGUUCUAAGGGGAUAUUUCAGCAGCCCAGAGGCCCAUUUAAUCCCCGUGAUCCCAGGUCAGGCAUGAUGGGUCAAAGGGGUCCCUCUAUGGGUCAAGAUCAGGGUCCUAGAAAUCAGUUUCAAGGACAAAAUCAAGGCCCAAGAGGACAAUUUCAAGGCCAGAACCAAGGACCAAGAGGACCUGGUCAAGACCAAGGCCCAAGAGGACAAUUUCCUGGUCAGAAUCAAGGAUCAAGAUUCCCUGGACAAGAUCAAGGCCCUAGAGGUCCUGGACAAGAUCAAGGCCCAAGAGGUCCUGGACAAGAACAAGGCCCCAGGGGACAGUUUCAAGGUGCUCGGGGACAAUUACAAUUCUCAGGCCCAAGAGGCCAGGCCCCCAGUCAAGAUCAGGCACAAAGAGGUCCAAGUCCAAGUAUAUCUCAACCAGUUAAAGGCCCAUCAAGCUCCCCUGCUCCUGAUCAAAGUCCUAAAAAAGGCCCUGGUUCUACUUCUGGAGCCUCCCCUGGCCAGAGCCCUAGACCUGCAACGCCUGUAUCCAGUUCAGCACCAGGUAUUCUAGGUGCACCUCCUGGCGCACCUGCACAGAAAAUACCAAGAUCAGGAAUCAACCCAGGUCCAAGACCACAGGGACCUCAAAGUGAGGCUCCGGGUAUAUUAGGCCCUGGUCCAGGCCUAGGUCCAAGAGGGAUAGGUCUUUCUGGAGCAGCUCCUAGACUAAAUCAAGGUCCUCGUGGAACAGCUCCUGGACCCAAUCAAGGCCCUCCUGGAGUAGCUCCUGGACCCAGUCAAGGUUCACAGGGAACAGCUCCUGAACAAAGUCCAAAGGGUCCCACCCCUCAAAUGGGACCAAAACGAGUAUCACAUUUUGAUAAAGAAUCUACUAAAGGGCAAGAUGAAAAAGAAGAAUCAAAAGCCCCAGUUUCAAAUAAAGGACCUGUGUCUCUGUUUGACAUCAAAUUUGACCGUCCCCCUAUGAUGGACUCUGCUAAGUCUGUUGGAAUGAAGGACAAGACCCCUGGUGACCUUGAAGAACCAGGAGACAAAUCUGAGGAUGACGCUGGUGUGAAAGUCAUCGACAAAACAAAACAAAUUGAAUGUAUCAACCUUGAUGAUGAUGAAACAGAUGAUAACAAUACCAAGGACAAAAAUAACAAACAACAAAAGCCUGAUGAUCCUAACAAGGGAAAGUCAGGCAGUUUUAUGGGAGGGGCAGCAGAUGCUAUCAAGCUGUUGAGUCAAGGUCCCCCACCCCCACCACCAGAGGAAGAAGGUCCAAGUAAAGGACAUAAUUAUGGGAGAGGUCAACAAUUCCCAGGAGAUAGGGGUCGUGGGUCACACUUUCCUGGUGAUCGUGGUCGAGGCUCACAGCUUCUUGGUAAUCGUGGUAGAGGCUCACAAUUUCCUGGUGAUCGUGGUCAAGGAUCACAAUUUCCCGGAGAUCAGGGCCAAGGCUCUCAAUUCCCCAAUGAAGAUGAAGAACAAGGUUCCCAAUUUUAUGGUAAUCUAGGUAGAGGCUCACAGUAUCCUGGAGACCGGGGCAGAGGUUC